CUCCUCCUCUUCCACCUCCUCCGCCUCUCCAUCCUUUUUUGUCCUCUCGGUUCCUAACGGAGGGAUAAUGUUCUAUUUCCAGCUGGUGAUCAUGGCUGGGACGGUGCUGCUGGCUUACUACUUCGAGUAUACAGACACCUUCCCCGUGCACAUCCAGGGCUUCUUCUGCUACGACAAGACCUUUUCCAAGCCCUACCCUGGUCCGGACGACACCAGCAAGAUCCCCCCUGUGCUCAUCUACUCGCUCGUCACAGCAAUCCCCACUAUCACGAUUCUUGUUGGAGAGCUGUGUGCCUUCUUCACCAAGGCAGAGGGAACACAGGAGAAGACCAUCGUCACUGCAGACUGCUGCUACUUCAACCCCCUCCUGAGACGUAUAAUACGCUUCCUAGGCGUCUAUGCCUUCGGCCUGUUCACCACCACCAUCUUCGCAAACGCCGGCCAGGUAGUGACAGGAAACCAGGCGCCUCACUUCCUGUCUGCCUGCCGUCCAAACUACACAGCGUUAGGCUGCCAGUCCACCAUGCAGUACAUCGCAGAGCGCCGUGCCUGUACAGGCAACCCGUUGGUUGUCAUGUCUGCACGGAAAUCCUUCCCGUCCAAGGACGCAGCGCUCAGCGUCUUCUCCGCAGUGUACACAGUGAUGUACGUGACACUGGUGUUCAAGACCAAAGGCACGCGGCUGACCAAGCCCACCAUCAGCCUCAGCCUGCUCUGUCUGGCCAUGCUAGUAGGCGUGGUCAGGGUGGCUGAGUACCGCAACCACUGGGCUGACGUCCUGGCGGGUUUCUUCACCGGAGGAGCCAUCGCUGUGUUUCUGGUGACCUGUGUGAUUAACAAUUUCCAGCAGAUGCAGCCCAGUCCUCCUCCACCACGACCCCAUCGCCCCGAGUCCGUGCUGGGCAUGCCGAUGGUGACGCUUCCCUGUGUGGAGAGUCCACUCGAAAAACUCCGCGGGGAUCUCCGUUCACCGAGAUCACAUGACCAUCAGCCCUAUCGGUUCCCCGCCACCCCCGAUGUCCUCAUACCGUCUCGCUCCAUUUCCAGCGAAGUCUAGACCAGUCGGAGCAGCACUCGCCGCACUGCGCCGCCCAUCCGGCUGGGCGGUACGCAACGCUGCACCGCUCCUAUUCCACACAGGUCUAGACCUCCCCCUAAUACACACACACACACACAUACACACACCCUACCCUGUUGCCCUCUCAACCCCCGGGGAACCGAUAGGCAAACUCUUCAAAGACUUUCUCUUUGCUGGACUCCCAGUAAAGUUAAGAGCUUAACAUUCAGUGCAGAGUCAGGUACAUCUCUUCUUUUUCAUUUUGAAUAUUAUAAUUAAAGACUUUUGUUUUUAACUUUUUUUCUCCUAUAAACUCAUGUGAAGCUCACUUUCAUCUUCAGUGGUGUGCUCUGUGAGGAAGAACACAUCAAACUGUGACCCCUGAGAAUGUUUUUUUUUUGUUCGGUAUGAAUGAGUUUUCACGUACUUAAAGGAGGCAGGUGCUGAAAGCUAAAUGUGACGGUGGACUCCCUGUGUGACUCCCAGGAUGCAGCUUUGAUGUCUGCAGUCAAGAGGUUGCCAUGUUGGACCAAAGAAACAGGCUGAAGGAUAUGUGUGCUGCUGAGAUUUACCCAUAAAAACCCAUAGCAAGCCAUACACACGCACACUCUCUCUCUCUCUCUCUCUCUCUCUCUACUUUCUCCCUUGGUGUCUUUCUCUCACCCUCUGUCCUUAUCUCAUCCAAUUCACACACCCUUACACACCCUCUCACACACACACACACACACUGUAGUCUGAGUAGCAGUGCCCUACUCAGCACGGCAUGAGGUUUACUCAGAUCAAAGAACCCAUUUCGUAUCUCUCAGCAGAAGCACCAGACAAAAGCAAACAGGAUGAAAGUACCGACAUCUUCAUCUGGCUUUCUUCUUCAUGUUUUUUUUUUUUAUCUCUCAGAUGGUUGCAGCUUCGCCAAAAAACCAUGUGAAAUACAAACACAUUUGAUAAGACAAAGCCAAGCUCCCGACUGCAGGUGGCACAACAGUGAGCCAAAUAAAGUGCAUCGCAUUCAGGAGCAAAUAUUUGUUUUUUGUAUUCUUUCGAGACGAGGAGCCUUCAUACAAAACACUUUCUGUGAUGCCAACAGACAGUAUUUUUUUUUUCUUGUAUUUUUUUUUUUUUUCACUCAUGAACGGCAUUGCUCUCCCUGAACUGGAAUUUCUUUCUUGCCAAAUCUUUAAAAGAUUUGCUACAGUCAUGUAAUUAUUGUGAUUAAUUUCUGAUAUUUUAUUAACAGAUUUAUUUAUUGACAUGUAUAUACUGUGUGGUUGCCAUAAGCACUCCGUGUGGCGUGACAGUUUUGCUGAUUUUGAUUUGCACACUCCCUCGAAUCCAUGUUUUUUUAUUCUCCCUCCUCUUCCUCUCCCAACACUCUUUAUUUACAACCUCUGUUUAGCUCUCCUCUGUGUGAUAUCUUGACUAUAAUACCAUCACUGUGCUGUGAAAUGUUUCCCUCUGCUGGACGACACACACACACACACACACACACACACACACACACAAGAAUAAAGACCUGUUUUACAGAGCAGACAUAUAUUGAAACAUAUUCAAAAGCGCACACGCACAAUCACACUUAUAUUCCCUAGCCUAGUUGUUACUGUACGUCCCUUCCCCUUGUUACACUUUCUAACACUGAAACCUAUUUGUAUGAUAUUGUACAUAACUCUUUUUUGUAUUGAGAGUGUGGUUUUUACACGAGCAUCACAACACUCAGUAUAGAGAUUGGGGAAAAUGUUGUAUUUAUUAUGAUGAUAGAGAACAGUGUGUAUGAAGGUGCUUAACCACUCUGAACCUACACUGGAUCAGCUGGAAAACAGCCAGAUGGCUCACUCUUUGAAUCAAACUACAUGCCCACUGGACCAAGGUUAGACUGGGAGAGUUGUUUACUUAUAGUUUAUAACAUACUGUGUGUUCAUUGAGUUAUGGAAGUGAAGCCCUUUCUGUUUUGAAUUCUCACACGAGCAUAAAUCGUAGAGUUUUUCCCUCUUUUGUUGUCAAAUCUUCAGACACGUACAUGGUCUUAUGUUAGCUCACACAGCCAAAUGUAAAAGUCAAGAAAGCUAGCAUAGGGCAAGCUAACAAAAAUACAAUGUUAAAGCAGCAAUUUAUCUUUUUUUAAUUUUUUGGUUACUUGGGAAUACCUAGCUGUGAACACAACAUUUACAUAAUCACUUUCCAAUGUUGUGACUAACUUAGCCUACAGGUGCUUAUUUACACAUUACCCAGUAGACACAGUGCAACAUUAGCAUUUAUCUGGAGUCGUCUUUCUGGCCACCUGAUAAAUGUAAACUCCUCUUUAUUCGCUAAAUGCUCACCUGUGUCCACCAGCUAUACAGUUAGCUAACUGUGUCUGCAGUUUAGCACUGGGCAGCCAGCAUACAGUAGAUUUUUCACAGCUGCCUGCUGCUAGAAACAAAGGUUGAGAACGUUACAUACCACACUACUACAUUUUAGUGUGCAUGUUCUGCUACAUUUGCACCGGACAGUGUAGUUAAAUCAAAACAACGAGCUGAAAGAUGCUAAAACUCUCACUAUCUUCAACGCUUAACCCUAUCACAUUAGAUAUGGUUAUUUGAUCCAUUGUUAAAAAAAUAUAUUGAUGAGUGCAACUUUAAGAAUUUUAAUCUUAAACUUGUGUGGUAAAAUCUAGAUAGUCUAACAGACAACUACUUGCUAACAUGUUAGCCAAGAUGAUAAUAUGUCUGGUUUAUAGCUUGUUCAGUUGAUCUAAAAUCAUUUAAUGCUGCUUAAUAUCCCUGUUGUAUUAAGCUUAAUUGACUUUAACAUUCGGCUGUGUGAGAUAACAUAAGACCACAAACGUGUCUGUCGAUCUGACAACAAAGAAGAGAGAAAACUGUAUUCACUUUUAGUAUUUCCUCUGUGUGCAUGAGACAAAGUAUCAUGAAUGACACCAGGAAGUUGUUUUUUAUAUAUAACUUUGCAGUAUAGCCAUUAAAGGUAUGUGCUGAAUUACCCUUACAUAUUAUUAUUAUUAUUAUUAUUAUUAUUAUUAGAAAGAUGGUGCAGAGAUCUUUUGAGCAUCUUGUACUUUGAUUGAAAAGAAAAAUCAUGAAAACUGUGACAUUCUGGUGGUGCAGAGAGCACAUAUACCACAAACCUGCAACGUUGUGAAUUUGAGUCAGACUCAUGACCUUUGCUGCAUGACAUCCCUUUGUUUCAGACUUUUCCUCAUUGCUUUUCAGUCUUUAUUGACCCGAUGAAGCAUAAAUGCCUUAAAAUAAUCUUAAUGGAAAAAUGUAACAACAGAAAACACAUUAAGUACUUUCAGUGACAACCUAUAAUUCUAAGUACAAGCUUCUCAUUUGUGCAAAAUCUCAGUAACUCUUCACCCAUGCAGUCAGUUUCUGAAUCAGUGUUCACUGUGUGAGCACUGCUUUAGUACAAAUAAAUAAACACCUAAAGAAAAACACCCUUCAGCAGCCAGAUUCCCUUCAGGUCAGAAUAUGUUCUCCUCUGGUUCAACCGUCAACACUGCAGCUUUACUUUUCCUGUAAAGUCUGUAGUUACUGUAGUUAAAUCAAAGAACAAACACGCCGCAGUUGACUGACAUGUGAAUAAAAAGCACCGGUCUCCUUCAGAUCUGCAACUCUGGGGGAGAAACACAUUUCCUUUGAUCCUGUUGCAGCAAACCCUCUGUUUUGUAAAGAU